AUGCCUGUCACGAUCCACCUCGUCCGCCACGCCCAGGGCUUCCACAACCUCUCUGUCGAAAACGAAGCCCUGCCAGACCCCCUCCUCACAGACCUCGGCCUCAAGCAGUGCGCCAACGUCCGCGCGACUUUCCCUGCCCACGCCUCCCUCACCCACCUCGUCGCCUCGCCCAUGCGCCGCACCCUCCACACCUGCCUCAACUCCUUCGGCCCCACCCCCGAGGACCCCAAGCCGGCGGUCCUGCUCCCCGUCAUCGCCAUCCCUGAGCUGCAGGAGGUCAGCAACUCGCCCUGCGACACAGGCACCGACGUCGCCGUCGUGGCCCCCGAGUUUGGCGCCAGGGCCGACUUCUCGCGCGUCCCCGCCGGCUGGAACGACAAGGAGAGCGCCUCCUCGCCGUGGGAGCCCACCCUCGACAAGCUCGAGGCGCGCGCGACCAGGGCGCGCCUCUUCCUGCGGGACCUGGCGCGCGCAAGCGGCGAGGAGGACGUCCACAUUGCUGCCGUGUCGCACGGCGCGUUCCUGCAUUUCCUGACCGCUGACUUUCACGGCAUUGAGGUGCCGAGAGCUACGGCUUGGGAAAACUGCGAGUUCCGCUCGUACCAGUUCGUGGACCCCGCGGGCGAGGACCCUGCUGCGCUGCUCCGCGAGACGGACGAGAGCUGGGCCAGGAGGAGCAAGGAGGCCAGGCCUACGGGCGAGCAGCUCGAGGAGCUGAAGCAGACAUUUUACCGCGAGUUUGGGCCCCUGUUAAAGCACCAGUACUAG